GGAAGGGUCUGCUUAGACAGCACAACAACCGGCACAAUCUCCAGGCCACGUAUCUGAUUUAAAUUGGCUCUUAUGCUUUUCAUGUAAUGUACCUGCAGAUUUGGACUGAACGGCUAGCUUGACAAAGAAAAGCUCGAGACAAAGUUGGACAAAGUCUUCAAAAAGAGGCUAGAGCCCUCUCUUGACAACGGUCCGCAUCCAGCAGAGAGAAGCUUGAGAAGGAGAACCCUCUUUUGACAAUUGUUGCAUUGGUGGCUGCCUUGACAAUAGGUCGUGCGUUUCAUAAUCUGCCCUUCGAAACUUCCAUUUCAUUUCGCGCUAUAAUAAGAGGUCCACUGUCAAGACGGCUGAGCAGGCUUGAUGCGGGGCUGAGCUAGCUGCACCGUGCUGCAAAAGCAUUACAAGUAGAAGAAGAUGCACCGGGAAGCUCACGCAUGAUCAGCGAAGCCGCAAUCUGUUUGGCGUUGUCCCGAGUGAGACGAGGUUUAUGAGGUCUGUCAGGCUGCCUGUUGUUGUGAUUGCAGUUGCUCUUCUCGUAGUUGCGAAGCGGAGUCUACUCGGCGCUUUGGACUGGGAUUCAUCAGAUGACGCAUCAGGAUUCAGAUACCAGGUUACAAGGCAAGGGAAUGGCAUGUCUGCAGGAGAAAGUGGCGCUUCAGGGGAUAAAUGGAGCAGCUGUCGCCCAGACCAGCUUAUCUACGUCUACGACCUCCCCCCUCAGUUCAACGUUGACCUCACUACAAAAGAGUGCAAUCUUUGGUGGUGGGCCCACCCCCGCAACGCUUGCGUCGUUUACUCUGGGGAGCACUGGGGAAUUGGCCCCCCCCUCCGGGACAAGAAGUUUUCUGCCCUGGGAACCGAUGAGAAGCUUUGGGCGGACACCGGCCAGCACGCGCUCGAGGUUAUGUUCCAUCAUUAUCUGGAGAAACUCUACCCAUGUCGGACUCUCGACCCAGAAGCGGCGGCGGCGUUCUACGUCCCGCUCUACGCGGGCAACCUUUGGCACGCGCAAACUGCGCAUGAGUGCGGCUCAAACCAGACAUGCUGCCCGACAGUUCCAACACUGGCGCGGCUGAGUUCGGAGCUCGACGCAGCGCUCAAGCGGCUGCCGUAUAUUGGAAGGCACGAGGGGCGAGACCACUUCGUUACGAUGGCCUUGAGUACUUACUUUGGUGUCAAGAACUCGACGUGCUGCGAUUCGGGUCUGCUCAACACACCAUACACAAGGGCGAUGACCAUAUUGGGGACGCAGCCAGCCGAAGGCCACAAGGACCGCCAGGUCAACAUUCCCUACCCCACCGCCUUCCACCCAGUCUCUCUUUCCGACGUGACAUCCCACCAGUCUCUCAUCACCGCAUCCGACCGUCCUUUCUUUGUGAGCUUCGCCGGAUCGUUGAACCGCACGUGGGGCCUUAACUCCGGUCGAGACGUGCGGGCGGCGCUCAAAGAGCAGUGCGAUCUGCAGCCGGACACGUGUCAUCUCCUCGUUUGCGCCAAGUUUGAGUGCAGCAUAGCGGAGAAUGUCGAGCUGUACUUGAGGUCCACGUUUUGCCUGCAACCCCCGGGCGACUCGCCGACGCGCCGCGGCGUCUUUGAUGCUAUCCAGGCGGGAUGCGUUCCUGUCCUCUUCAUGCACGAAACCGUCAGCCCAUACGUCGAGUUUCUACCCGAAUUGGACAAGUACUCUAUAUUUAUUCCCAUGGACGACGUAAUUCGGAAAGGGGUGAACGUAAUCGAGUCGCUUAAGAAGGUCUCCAAUGGGGAGAUUGUAGCGAAACGCGAAUGCAUGGCCAGCAUUCUGCCACGUUUAGUAUAUAGAAACGUUUUGCGCACGCUGGAAUCUGAAGGAGGUCUCGAAGGUCCUGAUAUCAGAGCAAAGCUCCUGGCGGAAUGGACAGGUGCAUACGAGGUAGCAGUACAGGCGGCUCUAGCAAAGAUGCAGCAUAGGGUCCGGAAGAAGGAUGACCAAUAGUUAUGAGAGAACAAUCUAGGCAAGGGGCUCGAGGAAGUUCAUUUGUGCGUUAUUAUAGCUAGGGGCUUUAAAACACUGAAUGAGAUUGGUGUAGGCGAUACAGUCUCAAUCAACGCUUCAGAUAAGAAAAGUUAGUAUAUCGCAUGUUUCAAUGCUGCCUAUCGGCAGUUGCAAGUAGCGUGGGUUUGGCGGAUUGCCCUGAACCUCAUGCUAUGGAACGGUCUAGUGACACUGACGCACUGACUAUGACCGACUCCAGCUUUGAAGACAACGGCG